AGGGGCACAGGCUGUGCACCAAAAUACAACAAACCACUCCAGCCAAUCACCAACAAGAUGGGGUGACGCAUCACUCGAGCUGCUGCGUGUGAAAGUCGCUGGACUACGCCAUUUUGUAAAUAUAGCCAUGCUGAGAAAGACAGAGAGAGCUUUGUGUGGCUAAAAGGUGGAGGGACAGUGACGCUGGCUGCCUGACUAUCUCCUCUCAUUAUCAUUCCCCCCCCACCCCCUCCAUCCAUCUCCCACUACAGCUGGAUAAGCCAACCGCUAACCGGCUCGACUCCCUCUUACAGAACAGGGAUUUGAAGAUUGCAUCCUCACAUUUGUAAUCAGAUGUGGGAGAGGAUUAUCCCGAAGGUCUCCUCCAUCUUGUUUACAGCGGGAGGGCUGCUGAGACAAAGGAGGGAGAGAAGAGGAGGCUGUGGAGGAGAGCAGAGAGGGAUAACAAGCAGCUCAGUGAAUGAAGUGUAAUUAGCGCUACAGAGAGAGGGGGGGAGAGGUCACCUGUGGAUGUGAGGAAGGGGGAGGAGGAGAAGGAGGAUGCAGGCUUUCUGAGGAGCUGCACCCAACACCCGACACAUCCGGAAAGAGGGGAAGGUAGACGCUCCGCAGCAAGUAUUUCACUGUGAUAGGUUUUCCAUGGCGGAGGCCGGGCGUCCUGUGUCACAGCUGUGCCCACUAGGGGGGGCUGUUUCCUUGGAAUCUACCCUCUCUGGUCAGUCCCUCUUUGACACGUCCAAGAGCUCUACAGAGGCUGCUACGCCCACCAGACUGGCUGGAGGACCAGGUAACACCUCCCAGGAGGAGCCGAAGGAGGCUGUCGGUGGCAUCUGUAAAGAGCAUUUAGCGUCCUCUGCUACCAGAGAAGCUCCCUGCAGCAGUCUGAGGGCUGGCAGAGAGCCUGGUAAACAAGAACAACCCCAGUCUGAACACUGUGAGCCCCAAAGGGUUUCCAGCCACCCUCCUAGUCUGCCUGAGACGCAUACACCCUCACAUCGCCACAGGACAGUCGUGAACGCAAACAAUGACAACCCUCAGGCUGGCGGGACAGUGCAGAGCAUAAACCCAGCCUCCCUCCCUGUUCACAGGAGUCCCUCAGACACUUUGCCUCUGGUUAAACAGGGAGUGGCCCCCCAGGCUGCAGUCAGCCACACGUGUAGACUUGCAUACCAUGGUGGAGAUAACAGUAUCCAGGAGGCUGAGAGUCGCUCUAUGUUGGCCUGCAAGCAGCCCAUGCAGCUGCAGCAGUGCAACAUCAUCACCACUAUGUGUCGAGGGGUUAGCAGCGGAGAAGGGGGUGUCCAGCCGCCUCAGAGCCGCUGUGUCUGUGUCCCGUUGCCCAUGGCAGCAGCCAACGUGCAGGAUGUUGUGGACAAAUCCCAUCUUCCCCCUAAAUGUGACAACAAAGCACUCUGCUAUGGCUCCUACAACCAUCAUGUCAAUUUCGAGGACACAUUUGCUGCCUACUGCCACCCCCAGCCCAUACCCGCCCCCUCCCAGCUGCUGCCACGCCCAGCAGCCGCCGAGCCAAACUGGGACGGGCAGCACGCAGCGGCAACUCCUUCGGUGACAAACCAUCUCGGCCUGCCUCGCCUCAUCUCCUCCGUCAGCGAGACGGGCCUGGAUGCCAAACACCUGCUGCGCUGCUGCAACCUCAACUGCUCUUGGAUCAGCUUGCUUCCUCCUGGUGCUGGGCCACAGUCCCAAAAACACUUUGGCGGAGAGGAAUGCUGCAGCAGUCCCGUGGGCCAAGUCAGAACCAUCAGCCGGGACAUGGGGACUAUGACAGCGCACAAAGAGCUGAGGGAUGUCGGGGUGCAGACGGGACAGACUGUCACACCCCAUGUGUUCCCCCAGAUCUGUCUGGCAGAGGAGAGCAGGAGUGAGACCUCCUGCAGCCAGACAUCGAACACUGACAGCGACGGAGGCAAGAAACCGGGCGGAGCUUCCAAGUCCCCAGUGAAGGAGGUGAAGUGGGAUGCAGAGGGGAUGACGUGGGAGGUGUACGGGGCCUCUGUGGACCCCGAGGAGCUGGGCCUGGCCAUCCAGAAACACCUGGAGCUGCAGAUCAAGGAGACAGCAAGCCACGCGGCCAAGCUGUCCCGCCAGGACACCAACACCACCCGGCAGGGCGGGAACAUCGGCUGGAAGACAAAGAGGAGCAGGGUGAUGGGCUCCUUCCGAACCCCGGCCUGCUGCACUCGCAGCACUACAGCUGUGGACUAACUGACCACAACCUGAACACUGUGUACAGCUACUGUCAGCCUCACAUCUGGCAAGAAGGGAUAUGAAAGAUAGAAUGAAUGAUCGGCAUACUCUGCCAGAAUAUGUGGAAACGCUUAAAUGUUGAUUCAAGAUUUGUUAUCGUCAUGAAAAAGGGAAAUCUAAAAGACAGAGUGCUGAAAAUGAUCAACUAACGAGAGCUUUUUCAUCAUUUUGUUGUCUAUGGUUCAAUAUUUGUUAUAUUUCUUCAAUAUUACUAUUGGAAUCCUGAUUCCUGCAGCUGUGCACUGCCAGUGUUUUCAUACUGUACAGGCGUGUCUUCAUAAUAGACACUUGUGCUGUGUAAAGCAAUCUGAUACAAUAAGUACUACUCUUGUAAAGCUUAUAAUGGAUGUGUGGAGUGGCGAAUAGCAUUUAUUUCAAUACAGAGACACCUCAACCCCCCCCCCAAUAAAAUACAUAGACCAACUAUUAGCCUCUUUCUGACCAAGUAGUUACAGGAAUGUAGUUCUAGGAACAGUCCACUUCUAAACAGUUCUACAAACUACACUCCCCAAAAAACCUUUUUUUUCCAUUUGCAUUCCCACUGGCCAAG